CUGAUUCAGUUCGUACAACAUAAACACAAAGCAUGCAGCUUUUGCUGGUUCUUUGAACUUUGAAGCCAAACAUGAAAACUGGGUUCUGCAUGAUGACGAUCAUGAUCACAUCUUUGUCUGAUCUUGAAUGCUGCACCCAAAAAGGUGAAGGCAGGCCAAUAAGAUUAAUUCUCAGUCUCACAGCUAUUUGUUUGACCAGUAUCUUGGGAACCAUAGUGUUUGGUUUGUACAGGUUGCAAGCUAACCAAAGAGGAAAAACCACAGUAAAAGCAGGGAAGUAUGAAAUGGCUGAUAAGAUUCAGACUUCACGAGCCACAAUAAGAGAAUAUAUUGGAAAAGAUGAUCCAUCUGAGCUAUUGAUCUAUGAUUUUGAUAACAUAUUAGUUGCUACAAACAAUUUCAGUCUCGCAAACAAACUCAGGCAAGGAGGAUUUGGCCCAGUUUAUAAGGGUAAGCUACCAGAAGGGAAGGAAAUAGCAGUAAAAAGACUAUCUAGUAGCUCAGGCCAAGGCAAAGAAGAGUUCAACAAUGAGACUUUGUUGAUCUCCAAUCUUCAACAUAAAAAUCUUGUUAGACAUGGGUGCUGUGUUAAAGGGGAUGAGAAGUUACUGAUUUAUGAGUUCAUGCCCAACAGAAGCUUGGAUACUUUUCUAUUCGAUCCAAUGAGAAGAGCAGUGUUGGAUUGGCCUUGCCGCUUCAAUAUUAUUCAGGGCAUAGCUAGAGGGCUUCUUUAUCUCCAUCACGAUUCCUGUUUGGAAGUAAUACAUAGAGAUCUGAAAAUUAGCGACAUUCUCUUGGAUGAGAAAAUGAAAGCAAAAAUUUCAGAUUUUGGAUUGGCACGCAUUGUUCAAGAGACACCAGAUUUAGAAAAUACUGAGAGGGUUGUGGGAACGCUGCAUGGAGCUUAUGGAAUGAAGGCAGUGGAUUGGCACUGGUUGAUGAAGUAUUAGGUGAUUCAUAUUCCGCCACAGAAGUAAUGAGAUGUGUGCACAUUGGGCUUCUUUGUGUACAGGACAAUGCUGCAGAUAGACCAACCAUGGCAGAUGUAGUUCUCAUGCUAAGUAGUAACACAGAUGGUCCCCAACCUAAGGAGCCUGUAUUCACUAUCCUGUAUUCGCAUGCCAGUAUAUCGUCCUCAACCAGAGUAUGAAAAUACUUGCUCCACAAAUGAGACUACCAUAACAGCAAUUCAAGACGAUAGGAGAUAGCAAAUUAUUGCAUCACAAUGCUGUAUCAUAUUUAAUUAGUUAGAGAAGGGGAGCUCUUUGAUCAUUCAACUGCAAAACAUGUUUUCCAACUUAUUUAUUAAAAAAUGAUGCAUACAGUUAGUUUAUUGUGUGUGUAGGAUUCUGCAGUCUGCCGACCAACCUCUUUGUGAUUUAUAUGAGAACUGAAUGUUUGUAGGCCCUUCCAGAAAAAUAAAAUCAAGAUUGGAGCAACUAGUCAUAGAAGCAUCUCACACUUGGAACAAAAGGGAAAACAAACAUUAAAAGAAGCAACUGGAUUAUUUUUAUUACAUUAGACAAUUGAUCUGCAGAAAUUAUUGGCUUUGUUGACUUCCAGAUUUGGACAGCUUGGAUUUAAUAACGACUGAAAAAUUUGUAGUACGCUUCCUUCUGUGUAUUCCAUUCCUCCAUCUUUGGGUUCUUACAAAUUAGUGUAUUAGAUUUAGCUGUGAUUUAAUUUUCUAGAGCAAAGCUUUGAAGAGUGGCUGAUCAUUGGUGUGGGAAUAGUGCACUCCUUUGCUGAUUGUUUGAUGUUAGGUUAUGAAGGUGACGACAGGCCACAUGUGAGAAGUGGAAUCUUGAUUGGGUGUCUCACCAGAAGAAUUAAUGACCUCAAGUUGCUGCUGAUAGGGCUAAUAAACAAGGACUGCAAGACUAUUUAAAAGUCUUCUGCCGAUGACUCUCAGGGUACCAUUUUCUUAAUACAGAAAACAAGUGUCGUUUCUGUGACAAUGAAGUUUACUAGUAUAUAUGGGCAAUCCUCCAAAGACUUCUGUCUAUGAUGAAAGCAUUGGGAUAUAUCUCCAAGGAAAGUUGUAUGGGUGGCCAAUAGAGAAAAGCCUCUUGCAGGUGCAGACACCUUGGCUAGAUUGAGAAUUAGUAGCAAUGGGAAUCUGGAGCUUGUAGAUGGGAAGCAGAAUUCUGUGUGGUCAAUCAAUGUGAAUACUUGGUGACAUCAUUUAACACUAGUCCAGCAGCAGUUCUGUUGGACAACGGAAACUUCGUUGUCCCAGAUCAUAUGGGAGUUGACCAUUUCAUAUGGCAGAGCUUUGAUUAUCCUGGUGACACAAUGCUGCCGAACAUGGUGCUGGGAUAUGAUAGAAAAUCUGGAAAGAGCAGUUUCUUGACAGCCUGGAAAAGUGAGAGUGAUCCAUCCACUGGGAUAUUCUCAGCUGCAGGUGGACUGGCGGCAGAGAUGCCAGGACAAGUGGUCAUAUGGAAUAAAUCAAAGUUCAACCGAUCAACUCGCCACUGGAGAACUGGGCCAUGGGAUAAAUCAAAGUUUAUCGGUGUACUUGAUAUGGAUAACCAAUAUCUAAGUGGAUUCAAUCUGGAUGAAAAUGUGGAGCAGGGAACAAUUCAUUUCUCUUUUACUGUUUUUAACAAAUAUCUUACAUAUCUGGAGCUCUCUUCAGAUGGAAUUACAAAGCUUAUGCGUUCAGAGAAUGGUGGAAACUGGUCUCUCCAGUGGGAGGCACUGCAGAAUCAAUGUGACUAUUAUGGAAAAUGUGGACCCUUUGGGGUUUGCAAAAUUUUGAAACCUCCAAAAUUCGCAAAAACAGCUUCAGAAUCUCCAAUCAGCUGCAAGUGUUUGAAAGGGUUUGAACCAAAGCCUGACCACGAAUGGAGCAAAGGAAACUGGACAGGAGGGUGUGUGAGAAAAAAAAAGGUUAGUUUGUGAGAGCCACACGAAUAAGUCAUCUGUCUCAUCGAAAAGAAAACAAGAUGAGUUUAUGAAGAUGGUAAGGGUAAAAGUACCAGAGUUUCAUGAAUAUGAGCCUUUGGAGGUGGAAGGCAAAUCCGAGGACUGCAAGAUAAAAUGCCUACAUAAUUGUUCGUGUCUUGCUUAUGCUUUUGUCGAUAAUAUAGGUUGUUUGGUAUGGUCCAAAGACCUUAUUGAUAUACAGGAAUUCCCCUCUGGUGGAGAAGAUCUUUUUAUCCGCCUAGCACCUCGAGGUAAA